AUGCGUCUUCUCGUUUUUGCGACUUUAUUUGGAGUCCUUCUCGACGCAGGAGAUGCCCUUCAGAUCCAGUGCUACCAGUGCGAGGAGAUGAAGCAGAAUGACUGCUCCACACCAGAGUACAUCGUCAACUGCACCGUCAACGUACAGGACAUGUGCCAGAAGGAGGUGCUGGUCAAACCUGACGGAAUACAUUAUAGGAAGUCUUGUGCGUCCUCCGGGGCUUGCCUAAUCGCCUCCUCUGGCUACCAGCAGUUCUGCACCGGGAAGCUCAACUCGGUCUGCAUUUCCUGCUGCAACACCCCGCUCUGCAACGGGCCCAAGAGGAAGCGACCCGUCCCUUCGGCAGGGACCUCCAACACUCAGAUGAACUGGCUUCUCUUUUUCUUCUUGACCCUCUUCCCAACCCUGCUGACGCUCCUCCCCCUGACGUAG